AUGUCCACUCGACAGCGUCACUCCACUCAUGGCCAAGAGAAGGUCCCGGGCACGAGUCAGCCUGCUGCUGUGGCAGCUGCUGUGCUGGAGCAGCCUUCCAAAGUCCUCAAGAAGCUGCUUCACUGGGAUGACCUCCCCCAUUGGCAGCGCGAUAACCAGCACAUUCACAGCGGGUAUCGGCCGGCCUCGUCUUCGUUUCUGGUUUCCUUCCAGUCGCUGACUUAUCUUCACAAUGAAACGGUCAAUAUCUACACGCACCUGCUACCGUCUUUGUUGGUCGUGCCGGCGGCCUUCGCACUGUAUCGGGCACUAGGCCCCCGAUAUGAGACGGCGACCCAGGCGGAUGUGAUCGCCUUCGGCUGCUUCUUCGCCGGGGCGGCCUUCUGCCUGGGCAUGUCCGCCACCUACCAUACGAUUUCGAAUCAUUCCCCAACGGUGGCGCGCAUUGGCAACGCGUUCGACUACGCGGGCAUUGUCGGGCUGACGGUGGGCAGUUUCAUCCCCAGCGUCUACUUUGGCUUCUACUGUCAGCCCGCGCUGCAACGGCUCUACUGGAGCAUGAUCUGCACCAUUGGGCUUGGCUGCGUGGUAGUCUCCAUCUUUCCCCAGUUCCGGACUCCAGGCUGGCGACCGUUCCGGGCGGCGAUGUUUGUCGGCAUGGGCCUGUCAGCGGUGUUUCCCGUGAUCCACGGAUUACGCCUGUACGGGCUGGGGCAGAUGACACGCCAGAUCGGCCUCGGCUGGCUGGUGCUCCAAGGUCUCCUAUACAUUCUGGGGGCAGCGAUCUAUGCGGCUCGGGUCCCCGAACGAUUGCGACCCGGCCAAUUCGAUCUGUGGGGAAGCUCCCAUCAGAUUUUUCACGUGCUAGUGGUCUGCGCCGCAAUCGCUCAUCUGACCGGGCUGCUGAAGGCGUUUGAUUACAGACACAGCGGGUUCGCCGCCAACUGUUCUUGGGGCUGA